AUGGCGAGAGGCGGCCGGAAAAUGGCGCACUCGACAAACAUAUUAUAUUUGUUCAAAAGAUACCUAUCAAGACAACUCAACAUCGAUGCGAAUUCUUCGAUGAGAAUACCGAUCUUGUUCAUUCUCAUUUUUCUGCUGCACGAUUCCAGCGAAUUCACCGAAGAGACGCUCACGUUUUCCGUUCAAGAAGAUGCGCCGAUUGGAAAGGUUAUUGGGAGGAUCGAUGGCAAGCCGGGAUACACAUUUCGCGUGUCGAGAUCAAAUUCCAAGAUAGAUUUCGAUGAUCGCACUCUAGAGAUAAAAACGAAUGCUCAUCUCGACCGCGAAGAGCAAUCCGAAAUCGAAUUGCUGCUCAUCAGCACACCUCCAUCGAUUGUGCACAUUCGUGUUGAAAUACUCGACGUGAACGACAAUGCGCCAGCAUUCACAACCCAGUGCCCUCAACAGGUCACAAUACCGGAAACAGCGCCACCCGGCUGGCACCUGACCAUAAAUGGCGCCAGCGAUCCGGAUGUUGGAGAGAACGGCCGAAUUGUUGGCUAUCGAUUGGAGCCGAAUGAUAAAUUCGAGAUUGUGCAAGACGAAGGAGUGACAAUGCUGGAACUCAAAUCGAAACUCGAUCGCGAAUCCGUCGACUUUUACUCGAUCAAUUUGACGGCAACCGAUGGAGGACAACCAAGUUUAAGUUCCUCUUGCCUCAUUAACAUUGUGGUUCUCGACACGAAUGACAAUCCUCCGAAUUUCGGUGUGCGAUUACUCGAGAUUGAAUGGAACGGUGUCGCUGGCGCCGAAAUUCUCCACUUGAAUGCCACCGACGCGGAUGACGGCGAUAAUGCUCGAAUCGUCUACCGUAUUCUGCCCGACGGCGUGCCGUUCUCGAUUGUCAACGAUUCGAUGGUCAUCGCAACGAAUAAUGAGACCGAAUGCGUCUUCGAAUUUACUGUCGAAGCGAGGGACUCCGGAAAUCCGCCAUUGAUCUCGACACUUGAUGUCGUGGUGAGAGUGCUCAAUUCGAAUCAACACGACCCGAAUAUUAAUAUAAGAUUUUAUCCAUCGGAAUUCGAUUUUGUGCUUAUCCAUCAGGAAGAUAUCAACGGAAAAACGGUUGCGAUUUUGUCCGUCACUGAUUCUGAUGGCCCUCUUGGAAAAAAUUCAAGUAUUCGACUUGAAAGUGGAAAUGAGGACAACAUUUUCGGAUUAAUUUCGAGAGCAUCAAUCAAUAUUCUCACUUUGCGACAUGUUGAGAAUGCUGUAAAGGAGAAGUACGAACUGGUUUUCGUCGCAAAUGAUGGGCAGGGUCCGACGGAAAGGAAAAGUCGAAAAACUCUCAAGAUUUUCUUCGAAAAAUUCGCAAAAGAACGCCAAAUUGAUUUGGCGGAAAAACAAAAAAUCGUCAUCGCACGUGACGUGGCAUCUGGAAGUUUUGUAACCAAAAUUUCUGGCUGUGAAGAUUGCCAAUUUGAGAUUAUUUCGAAUGAAUCGCCAUUUAGAAUUGAUUCUGAAAAUGGAAUUAUAAUGACAUCGACUCAAUUGCCACCUGAUAUAUCCAGUUAUCGAUUGAAAGUUCGAGAAUCCUCAAUUAUUGAUUCAUCGAAUUCCUCGGAAAUCAUUAAACUAUCAAAACGAUACCAAAUUUGGACGCAUCGGAAGGCAACAUCGGGAAGUGUGAUCGGAAAACUACCGAAACCGAUGACUUCUCAACAAAUUUACUCGAUUACUCGAAAUCAUUCGGAUAUUCCGUUUGGAAUAUUUCCCGAUGGGACCAUUUAUGCACUGAGGAAUUUGAUGGAUGCCGAAGAAUUCUAUAUGAUCGAAAUCACGUUGAAAUUCAAUUCCGCCAUUCAAACAUCAGUGCUAUCGAUUCAAAUGAGAAAUUCGAAUGAAAAUUCACCAAAAUGUGGGCGAGAAUUGUUCAAAAUUAGCGAGAAUCGAGAAGCCGGAACUCUCAUCGGAUUCAUUGAAGCUUCCGACGACGACAAUGGAGCAAAUGGAGUGGUGUCGUAUAAUCAAUUGGAUUCCGAGCAUUUGAUCUACAUCGAAUCGAUUAGCGGAAAAAUAUUUGCGAGGAAGUCGUUUGAUGCCGAACAAAUUGAGACAAUCAAAUUUCGAUAUUCUGUCAGGGAUUACGGGAAUCCAAUUAAGGAAACGAAAUGCGAAGCAAUUAUUGAGAUUAUUGAUCAGAAUGACAAUAUUCCUCAUUUCGGAUUCCCUUAUUUUAGUGCAAAUCUCUCAAUUGGACCAUUAGUUACGGUUUCUGCGACGGAUUUGGAUCGGGAUUCGAAAAAUAACAAAAUUGAAUAUCGAUUGAUCAAUUUCUUGGAUUAUUUUGAGAUUGACAAAUCGAACGGCACCAUUUUCUGUAGAAACACAAAUAUUGAGGGAACCCGCGUGAAUUUGACGAUUGAAGCUGUCAACGUCGAUUCGAGCGAUUUUCUUUAUUCGACAUCAUUUGUUUUGAUUGGAAAUAAUAACGAGAAAUCCGAAUAUAUUGAUAUGAAAUCAUCAAAAACCUUGAGAAUAUUCUCAAAUGACAUUCCUGGAACACGAAUCAAAACUCUCGAAUUUGAAUCCAAAAGUCAAGUGUUUUGGAAAAGCACUGAUGAUUCAUUUUUUGUUGAUUCGAGAGGGAAUAUCAUUUUGGAAAAACAACCAAAUAAAAGUCUAAAAAAAGUGAAAAUGAUUUCUGGAAUUCGUGGAUCGAAAUUCCGCAAAACAUUCGAGUUUAACAUCGAAUAUCUCAAAGAAUCUCGUCCAGGUGAUGAUGAUAAUGUAAUUGAGCUGAAAAUGAAGGAAAUGAAUGAGACUGGAAAAAUACUGGAAUUGGAGGGAUUCGGAUGGAAUAUACUUCGAAUCAUCGGACAAGACUCAUUCGAAGUUAGGAAUUCGUCAAUAUUUGGAAGCAUUUCAAACAUGCUCACUGAAGAAGUCAAAUUCCUCACUUCGAAUGUUCUCAUGCUUCUCUCGUCAUCACAUUCGAUUGGAACUUCAUUUGGCCGAGUUACGGCAGAAUCGGCUCAUCCAAUUCGAUAUUUUAUAACCGGAACGGAUCAAAUAUCGAUUGAUUCGGAAAAUGGAGAACUAAUUCUUCGCGAAAGAUUCUUCGACAAUCUCAAUGACAUCAUCAUUGUGGCGGUGAUACCAACAGGAAUUGCGAAAACUAAAGUGACUGUUGAAGUUGUCGAAGAUCAUCUUCAUCUAUCCAAAACCAAUUUUGUGGUUUUUGUUCCGAGAAAUAUUAAAAUAGGUGUUCCUAUUGAUCGUAUUGACGUCGGAAGACAUAAUGUGAUGAUUGAUAUAAUCGAUGCAUAUUUUUAUGUGAGAAAAGAUCAAAUUUAUUCCAAAAGAUUAUACAAUAAUGGCUCGAAUCCUCGAUUUUAUGAAAUCCAGGGUAUUGUCAAAAAAGGAAAAUUGACAUCGGAGAUCAAUAUAACUAUGGUUUUCGAAGAGCCGACUAAUUCGAACAGCAAUCUGAAGGAAAAUGAGCUGGUCUAUUCAAUAGAGGAAAAUCGAGCAAUUGGAAGUGUUGUUGGAAUGGUCCCGAAUGCGAAAAAUGCAAAAUAUCGAUUGAUUGACUCAACGGCUGGAAUUUCAAUUGAUGAUAAUGGAAUUGUUCGAACGACCGAGGUUUUUGAUCGAGAAAAUACGGGUGUGAUAAAAACGAAAAUGAUUGAAGCAAAUGCCCAUCGAAUUUGGGAUAUUCUCAUUUUUGUCGAUGAUUUGAAUGACAAUCCACCAUUUUUCACACAUCAAAUCGAGAAAUUAAAUAUUCGCGAUGACACUUUUAUUGGAAAAGUUGUACACCGAUUGUCGUGGAAUGACUUCGACUCGGACGCCAAUGAAUUUUUUAUCGAAAUUGUUGACGGCGACCCGUUCGAUUGUCUAGAAAUCAAUGAUCACGGAGAAAUCAGACUCAAACGAAAAUUGACUUCAAAUUUUAAUGCGACUUUUCGGCUUUACGAUUCAAAAGCUCCAUUCACUUAUAAUUUUGUCGAAUCGACUAUUGAAUUCACUAUUUUGCGCUCAAAUCCUCCUAUUCCAAAAUGCUCAAAUACUUCAUUCGUCUUAUUUGGAAAGCCGCCAUCCAUCGGAGAGAAGAUUGGAAAAGUGAUGAGCGACAUGGAUCAAGUAGUAUUCAGAAUUCGACCAGAAUCACUGAAAGAUUCUGAAUUCGCUAUUGAUGCGAUGAGCGGCGAAAUCGAGACGAGAAAACUGAUUACGGAUGACAUUGAAAUGAUUGUCGAAGUUCUGACGUACGAUGAGCAUCCUUCAAUCGGAUUCUGCACUAUUCACAUAAAAGUCUCUCAAAUUGUCUGGAAUGAAGAUUUUCAUUUCGUGAACAAUUCGGACAUUUAUCAGUUUUCCAUAAAAGAGACGGCUGAUCGUGGUUCUCAAAUCGCACAAGUUCGAACAACCAGUUUAAAUGUUUUGUAUUCUUUGGAACCUUCGAAUUCCAAUUUCACGAUCUCGCCAUUUGAUGGAAUAAUCUCAACCAACUCAUUUUUGGAUUACGAACAAACUCGCGAAUACUUGUUGAAUGUCACUGUUACCAAUUUGAAUACCGACGAGAUCAUUAAAAAAUCCGUCAAAAUUAAAGUUAUCGAUGAGAAUGAUGAAAGUCCUCGUUUUAUAACUGGCGACACAGUUCAUUUGAAAAUUGCCGAAAAUUCUCCAAUCUCCUAUCCCGCCAUAAUCGGAAGCUCGAUUGCCGAAGAUCUCGACGAAGGUCAAAACGGAAUUGUGACCUACAGUAUCGUUGUUGGGAACACGUCGGCAUUUGCGAUCAAUUCGACAUCUGGAGACAUACUUUGUUUGUAUGCGUUGGAUCGAGAAGACAUCGACGAGUAUGAGCUGAUAGUUGAAGCCAGAGAUGUUGGUAGUCCGCCGAAUUCAGCGACGUCGAAAAUUAUAGUGAGUGUGGAGGAUGCGAAUGACAAUUUUCCGGUGUUCCGACAAUCGGCGUAUUUCGAAAAACUUGUGGAGAAUGCCAAAAAGGGUGUUCGAGUUGUGCAGGUUUUCGCCGAUGACAAGGACGAAGGAAUGAAUGCACAAAUCAGAUAUUCUCUUCUCAAUGGAUCAUCUACGUUUGACAUCGAUGAAAUUGAUGGUUGGAUUACUGUAGCGUCAGAAAUUGACCGAGAAACGAAUCAAGAAUUCGAGGUGAUUGUCGAAGCAAGAGAUGAAGGCGUUCCUCCAAAACGAGCCCAAGUUCCUGUGCGAAUACAAAUUGUCGAUGAGAAUGAUAAUUUGCCAAUUUUAAAUUCAAAACAAUUCGAAAUAUUCGUUCCGAAUGAUGCGAGAAAAAACGACUUUUUGAUGGUUUUGAACGCGUCGGAUGCAGAUUCGAACGAUAUUUUGACAUUCAAAAUCGACGGAUUGGACAAAGGUUAUUUCAAAAUCAACGAUGAUGCCGAAAUUGUUUGCGAGAAGCCGCUCAUCGCCAAAUCAUAUUUUUCGAUUGAAGCAAUUGCAACUGACAGAGCGGGCCAUUCAAUAGUAGCCAAUAUAACUUUUCACUUGCAACCACGAGAGAAAUUCCCAAAAUGGAUUGAGACUAUCGAAAAUGUCAAGGUGAAAGAGCACGAGCGACAGCAAAUCGCGAUAUUCAAUGCGAAAUUGGGCGACAUUCCAAUCAAAUAUUCGCUAAUUAGUCAUUGUCAGAAGAGUUUUACGAUUGACGAAACGAAAGGAGUUCUGAGCUCGACAGCUUUUCUCGAUCGUGAAUCGAAUCAGAGGUGUCCGAUUUGGAUAACGGCAACGGCUGUUUCCGAAGGGAUUCCAUUAACGACAACCACGAAAACAAUAAUCGAAGUGAUUGAUGUGAACGACAAUUCACCGCGAUUUGAAAAGCUUUUGUACGAAUUCAAUUUGACCGAAAAUGCUGGUCCCGUCACGAUCGGAACACUACGCGCUGAUGAUUUGGAUAGCGGAGCGAAUGCGAAGAUUGUUUAUCGGAUUAUUGAAGGAGAUCCCAUGCACGAAUUCCUCAUAAAUGAAAAUGGCGAAUUGGAAUCGAUUCGAGACCUCGAUCGAGAAUAUCAAAGCAAAUAUCGUCUGAUUGUUGAAGCAAGAGAUAAUGGAAAACCUAGUCUUUCUUCAACUUGUAUCGUUAUUAUCAAUGUUCUUGACGAAGAUGAUAACGCUCCGAGGUUUUCACGAAUAUUCCACGUUGAGAUUCCAGAAGAUACACCAACGGGCUCAUUUGUAAUUCAACUCUCCGCAUCGGAUAUUGACGAACGAUCGGAUUAUGUGUUCUCAUUCGAAUCGCCGGAUGACGACCUUCCAUUUUCAUUGGAAUCGCACACCGGCAAAGUUUACACGAAAUCGGCGUUGGAUUUCGAGAAAAAGUCGUCGUAUCGCAUCAAAAUUCGUUUGACUGAUGGCAUUUGGUCGAUCGAAACAAGCCUAUUUGUGACUUUGAGCGAUGUCAACGACAACUCGCCGGCAUUCGACAAAUCGGAAUAUUUGUUCCUCGUGAAUGAUAGUACAAACAUUGGAGCAGUUUUCGCAACUGAUCAAGAUUCUGACGAGAAUGGACAUGUGCUCUACUCAAUUCAUAAUUCGAACAAAUAUCUUCGAAUUGAUCACAAUUCCGGAAAUAUCAUGGUGGUUCGGGAUGAUAUUCCACCUUUAAUUGAGGCUACAAUUAUUGCCGCUGAUAAUGGAAUUCCAACCAGAAGAACAUCGGUGAAAGCAAUUUUCAUUUUCUUGAAAUACUGGAAUUCUGAGAAAAUGUUGAUUGACAAAAAUAUCAAACUUGAUACGAUAUUGCCUAUUGGACCUUCCUUCAACAUCUACCCAAAAUUAUCAGUUAAAAGGGAAUCUGAGAAGUUUUACCUAAAAACGCGCAAUGAAUCGAUUGUGGCAUUCGAUAGAGACACUCGAAAAUUGGUCGUUUUUGAGUUUGUUGAGAGACGCGAACGAAAAAAAGUAGCACAAAUUAUUCGAAAAUCCAUUCGAAUUCCGAUUGGUUUUCAUAUCGGGGAUUAUUUGGCACAAUUCGAUAAUAUUUGUGAUCAUUUUGAGCUUGGAAAUCGAACAGAUUUUGCUAUCGAUUUGAGCGGAAAUUUGCGAAUCAUCCAAGAUUUUUCGAAUUCGACAAAAUUUUCGUUGAUGUGCAACGACGGAAUUUGGCCGAAAAUGAAUUUCGAAGUUGCAAAAGUGGAAAUUGAAAUGGAAAAAGUAAAAAAACAUACGGGAAAUAAUGAGCCAAAGAAGGUCGUGAAAUCUUCGAGAAUUAUCACACUUCCGAUUCAUUCACGAAUCAAAAUACCAUCAUUGGCAUCUAAUAAUUCAAUUGUGCUCGAAAUCCCCCAAAAUUCAUUCAUUGGUCCAUCGUUUGGAUUCCAAAUUGAGCAAAAUUAUCUCAAAUUGCAUGGGGAUUUUCAGAAGAAUUCAUGUUUCGAAUUGUUUUCCCGUCGAUCAUAUCAAAAUCAUUUCGACAGAGUUUUUCUUGAUGUUUCAAUUGACAAUAAUGCGGAAACUUGGCCGGUUUUUGACAAAACAUUUUACGAGUUCAAUUUGAGAGAAGAUGCUCAAAUCGGGACGGUGGUUCAAGAUUUUUCUCAUUUUAAGAAUCAUCGUUUACAAAUUUCCGAGAAUCAUCAAUUGUGCGAAAUUGCCAACAAAAUCGUUUUGUGUGAAAAAACGCAACCCGGAGUUUAUCAUUUUGAAAUUGAGCUAAUUGGUCCCGAGAAGAAGAUUCGAAGUGCUGCUUCAGCUAGACUUACCGUCGUCCCUGUACCAUUUCACUCACCAUCUCAUGGCCAAUUCCCUUCUGUGAUCUACGUUCGAGAACUUUCCAAACAAAAAGUUGUCGCGAAAUUGCCAAACGAUUCGAAUGCAACAUAUCAUUUGUCCGAUGACAAUCUGCGCAAUAUUUUCGAGAUUUCUGAACAAGGAUUGCUCAAAACUCGAAUUGAUAGUAGAGCGAAAACGGUUUAUCGGGUGCCGAUUGCUGUCGAAAACGGAGGCGAGAAGAAUUUGGAAAUGUUUCGAAUAUUUGUUGAUGAGCAAAUUGAAAAUCGAAACAAUAAUAAUGCAUCAGAUGUCGAUAUUAUUGUAAUCGAUACGGGCGAAAAUCGGAUGAUUGAACGAAUUGGGCAAAAUUGCGAAGAAAUGAGAAAUGAAGAGUUUGAGAAAAUUGCGAUACAUGCUGUUAACGAGAUUGUCGAUGAUUUCGAAUAUGAAUUAUCAAUGGCAAUUGUCGAUCGAAACGGGAUUGCUCUCGACGCGAAUGAAUCGCGAAGAACAUUGAAGACGUUCAUCGAACGAACUCGACCGCAAUUCCUGGAUGUUGACGGAAUCGAAACCGAUUUUUGCAAAAACGUCAUUUGUCGCAAUAAUCAGACAUGUCGUCCAAGUGUUGCGAGGAAUAUUGAACGAUUUUCGGCGAAAUAUCAAUCGAAAAUUUUGAAUGUUCCUCUCGGGACCAUUCGAGGAAAAUGCGGUUGUGCUGAAGGAAAAGAAUGCGAAGAAAUUGCGGUGGCGGUGGAGAAGAAGCUAAGGAAAACGAUGAAAAUCGAGUGUGGAAAAGGCGAAGAAGCCGUCGAUGAGAAUGGAGAAGCGGUGUGCUACUGCGAAAAAGGAUUCGAAUCGAAAUUGUCCUGCUCAAGAGAAAUGGAUAUGUUUUCGAUUUCGAAAGGUUUUCUCGAAAUUCAACCGAAGCCUGAAAAUUCGGAAAUUUGCUCGGAAUGCAAUGGAACACAAAAACUCGAAUUCGAUUUUCGAACCAUCGCCGAAACUGCCCAAAUUGUGCUUUUUGAGUUCUCGAAACAAACGAUUUCCAUUGAGAUCAAAGCUGGCCAAAUUGUCUUCGCGCUGUUUGAUAGUUAUUCGCGUCCCGUCGAAAUUUAUUUGGAGCGCGUUAUCAACGACGGAAAAUGGCAUCGAUUGCUUCUUCAGAUGCGAGGUGACGGAAAGAAAACUUCGAUUCAAAUCGAUGGAAGAGGAAAAGAGGUCAAAUCUCGAAUCGCGCUUCCAUUACCAUACUCGGCUGGUCGCAUUUUGGUGGGAAAUGUCUGUUUGCGAAGAGUUCUCGCCCAGAAUCAAUUAGUUCAUCCAGAAAUUAUUCAAAAUAAGUUCUUCGUCAUCUCGCCCACACCGUUUUUGGAUUACUGUAGCAAUGAUUCGAAGAGCUCAUCGGUUUUCGCGAAACGAACAACGAUUUGUCUUGUGAUCGCCUUGCUCAUAUUGGCAUCGAUCGCGAUGUUCGCGUGCAUUUUGGUGUCGGUUCGAAAAAUUCGAAGAAAAUGCGCGAAUCGCGAUGAGCCGUGUUGGAAGAAAGCGACGGAAAUCGAUGCAUAUGCAGUUCGGGGACAUGUGAAUCGAUCGAUGAGCAAAUCAUCUGACGACAAUUAUGAAAUUGCCUCCAUUUAUUGCAUUCAAACGAAAUAUUUCGCUGGAAAUCAAUCACCGUGCCAAUCUCGUUCGCCAUUCUCAUGCGGUGUUCCCUCUCUCCCGACUGUUGCUCCAACCAACAAAUUCUGGCCGAAUCCUGAAUUCCUGUUGGCUCUCCAACACGAUUCGUCGUCGUUCGGAAACUCGCAACCGCAAACGCCCACAAUAUUGAUAGCGCGAGCGUCGGCGAACGAUUACAAGUUCACUCAAGGCUCUUCGACAAGUGCACCUCCGCCAACUCAACCGCCACCAACAACACCACCAUGGAAUGUGUUUCCAAUUGAAUUAAGCACACCAAAUGUUGUGAGACCAAUGAGUGAAGAAGCACAACAAAUUGCAAUUCAAAUUCAGGCAAUUCGAAAUAAUCCUGAAAUCACACCGCAGGAAGCGAAUCAAUUGGUUUCUCAGCUCAUUGCGAGUUUCCCUCCUUAUUUACAACAAGAACUUCAACAUAUUUAA